CUGUGCGGCGCUCAUAAUCGGCUCUCGCUUUUUCGCUUUGGCGAUCAGUUAAAAUUGAGUUGAAAGCUAGUCAAGUCACCCGCGCGGAGUUCUUUUUGUCGCGUCGUUCCGCAAAUAGUUUUAUUUUGGUUUUUACUUAAUUUAAUUUCGUUCCGUUUGACUUUUUGCGAUUGGAGUGACGUUGCCGUUUUAAAGAAGUGCGCACAUAUGGAAAUCGUAAGCACAUAGUUGUUGUUAUUGUUGUUGGUCAGAGACACGCGUCGCUUUUCCGCGUGUUUCUGUUAUUUUUGUGGAUUGGAUCGGCAGCCACCUGAAAGGCGCCAUUUGAAAACACAACAGCUGUGCCGCGAAAAAUAUAAAUAUAUAUGUGUAUGUAUGCCGAAGUGCAAAAAUAAUAGAAAUUAAAUAAAAACCGAAGAAACGUGCAAAAAAGCCGUGAGAGCGGUGCGUGCCUGUGUGAGUCUCGCCCGCGCUCUCUUUCUUACUUAUUGCGCAAGCAAAAGAGAGCGCUUUAAAUACAAAAAAUUAACUGAAUGUGUGUGUGUGUGCGUACCUGAAAAUAUAUUAAAUAUUUGAUUAUUUGCCUUUGUGUUAGAAACAAAACAACAACAAAGGUCUUUGCUGAAUAAGUAGAACUUAAAGUGCACUUUCUUUGUGACCAAAAGAUCGCUCCAAACUUCAAAAAUCGAGCAAGGCUAUAUAUUUGUAUAUGUCUACGAUUUGAAAGCGCAAGCGUCGCGUCGCCAUGCGAAUGUUAAUAUAUAACACAAACCCCUAAAAAUCGACAGCAGCUGAAAAGUCAUCACAACAUUAUCGCACAAAUAAGUAUAAUAAGAACCGAUCCAGCAAUAGCAAAUAAAUCAGCGAACGGAAACUAAGGCAGGGGUUUGAAGUCCGCUGGCUUCGGUAUGUAUUCCACCAAGGAGACAAAGAGCGCGGCAAAGACGCAGAAAAAGGCGCAGAAGGUGAACAAAAAGCAGCAAAUAAAGCAGCAGCAGCCAUCGUUGCCAAAUGGCAAUAAAGUCAAAUCACCAGCGAAUGCCAAGAAUACCCAGCCAAAUAAUAACAAUAAUCACACUAACAUCAACAACAACAAUAACAACAAUAGCAUUAUAGUGCCGAAUAAUAAUAGCAAAAGUAGCACGUUGCCUACUAACACGGCGCAGAAAUUCCGGGAGCACUACGACGCGGAAAAGCGGAACCAGGGUCUUAAAAUGGGCGCCACCACUUUGCCCGGCUACGAAAAUGUGCCCAAAAUGGAGCGAUCCAAUAGCUUUUCGUUGCGCAACAAGCUCUCCAAACUCAUAAAUCAUUUGACGGGCAGCAAGGAGAAUCUAUCGAGGACCGAUGACGAUGAAGAUUCCAGUCGGACACCUUACAUAUUCACCCGUAGUCGUUCGAUGAUACAGAUGAGGCGGCCAAAUCGCCGGAGUUUCAUCGAACCGCAAUUGGAGCAACUAUCGGAGGAAACGGAGAAAUCGGGGGAUCUCACCUCGCCGGCUUCACCGCGAAAGACCUCUGUGGCCGAUUUCCAGGUCAGCUCACCGGUGCUCCUGAGAAGGAGUGAACUUACGGGAUCGGUGAGGACCCCGGCACGUCGUCAAUCCGCCCAGCCCUUCACCUCGACCCCUUUGGAGGAGGUGCAGUCGCAGGUUCAACGCAAGGGCUCGCUGAUGUCGCUCAAUCAAACGGAACCCACCACCAAUCCCCAGCUCAAUUUCCAGAAAAGACGAUCCAACACGCUUAUAGCUUCCUUUAAGAGCACCUUUUCGGGACUUACCAGCGGUGGUGGUGGGGCCGAGAAAAAGGAGAAGAUGAAUCCCAAGUGGAGCGCCUCCCUGCAAUCCCUGCAGGCCAUCGACAAUAUGGUCAGCUAUGCCAACAUGUCCUUCAUCGACUACGACAAGUUCAAUGGCUAUGAGAAGCAGCUGGAGCGGCAGCAGUCGCUGAUGAGUUUGGCGGAGCAGCCGGUGCCCACCGCCACCCAGCUGCCACUGCCUCCUUCGGCCUUGGCCCACUCGCAUUCGCCCUCGCCGCUGGGUGAACCGCCUCGCACACCCGUCCACCUGAACUCCUCCUUGGACGAGUCGGUCAGGACGGUGGUGAUGCGCCGCAAGAGGAGCAAGGCCUCCUUGGAGGGCAGGAGCAAGACCUCCCUGGAGGGCAGGAGCAGCAUGGCCAGCCUGAACAGUGCCUACAAUCUGGACACCGACUACGAGCACAAUCUGGACCGAGUGCACAAUGUCUAUCGGGAGAGCUUGGACUCACGGACACUGGAGCUGCUGAAUCCUGCGAUCACGGAACUCAUUCAUCCAGGACCAGGCGGUCCUGUUCGAUGCCCUGAAUCUGGAGGAUGGAUCGGUGGCGCGACGGUGCGCCUUGUGUUCGAAACGCGUUGGCCGGAGUGGAAGCAUGCGGCAGCAGGAGCGGGAUGCCGUGGACGGGCGAGGGAAUCCAAUAAAACAGGUAACGACUCGAAUCCAGAUGAUAUAUUGCAUCGAUGCCUCUCGUGCAGGCGCAUUAAGUUCGCUUAUUGCCGGCAAUAAACUCAUUUACGUACUCGGCCCGAGUACGUGGCUCCUUCUGGCAGGACCCAUCUCAGUUACGGAACUGGAGAAAAGUAUGGGGUCCUCGUCAGGUGCAGAUACAGGUACAGAUACAGAUACCGAUACAGAUACUGUGCC